AUGCCGCCUUUAGGAGAUUAUCCUGAAAAUGAUUGCAGCUGCCACCAGAGAGCAGAAGUGCCAGAUGCUGCCAUAGCCCCCAGGGAAGUGGCUGUGUGUGAUGAGUUGCUGGAGACAGAAGGAUUGGAAGAACAGACGUCCUUCUCCAGAUCUUGCAUGCUACGAGAUGACUUCCGCCAAAACCCUACAGAUGUUGUGGUGGCAGCUGGAGAACCUGCAAUACUGGAGUGUCAACCACCUCGUGGGCACCCUGAGCCCACCAUCUACUGGAAAAAAGAUAAAGUCCGUAUUGAUGACAGGGAAGAGCGGAUCAGUAUACGUGGUGGGAAGCUAAUGAUCUCCAAUACACGAAAAAGUGAUGCUGGCAUGUACACUUGUGUUGGAACCAACAUGGUGGGGGAACGAGACAGUGAUCCAGCAGAACUGACUGUCUUCGAGCGGCCCACGUUUCUCAGGCGACCAAUCAACCAGGUGGUGUUGGAGGAGGAGGCCGUGGAUUUCCGGUGCCAGGUGCAGGGGGACCCGCAGCCGACCGUCCGCUGGAAGAAGGACGAUGCAGACCUGCCAAGAGGAAGGUAUGACAUUAAAGAUGACUACACUUUGCGCAUCAAGAAGGCUAUGAGCACAGAUGAAGGCACCUACACGUGCAUUGCUGAGAAUCGAGUUGGAAAAGUGGAAGCAUCUGCUACCCUUACUGUGCGAGCUCCCCCACAGUUUGUGGUGAGACCACGAGAUCAGAUUGUAGCCCAGGGUCGAACGGUGACUUUUCCUUGUGAAACUAAAGGAAAUCCCCAGCCAGCUGUUUUUUGGCAAAAAGAAGGAAGUCAGAAUCUGCUCUUCCCAAACCAGCCUCUCCAACCCAACAGUAGAUACUCGGUAUCGCCAACUGGAGACCUCACUAUUACCAACAUUCAGCGGUCUGAUGCAGGCUACUACAUUUGUCAAGCACUGACGGUUGCUGGAAGCAUUUUAGCAAAGGCUCAGCUGGAGGUUACUGAUGUCUUGACAGAUAGACCUCCACCCAUCAUCCUCCAAGGGCCCAUCAAUCAGACACUGGCAGUGGACGGGACAGCUCUGCUGAAGUGCAAGGCUACUGGUGACCCGCUUCCUGUUAUCAGCUGGUUAAAAGAAGGCUUCACUUUUCUGGGCAGAGACCCUCGAACUUCCAUACAGGAUCAGGGGACCCUUCAGAUUAAAACUCUGCGGCUGUCUGAUACUGGAACUUACACUUGUGUUGCAACAAGUUCAAGUGGGGAGACAUCAUGGAGUGCUGUUCUGGAUGUGACAGAGUUGGGUGGAGCAACAGUCAGUAAAAGUUACGACAUAAAUGACCUCCCUGGGCCACCAUCCAAACCUCAGGUCACUGAUGUUACUAAGAACAGUGUCACCCUGUCCUGGCAACCAGGGACCCCUGGAAGCCUACCAGCUAGUGCAUAUAUCAUUGAGGCUUUUAGUCAAUCCGUGAGCAAUAGUUGGCAAACAGUGGCUAACCAUGUGAAGACCACUCUCUACACUGUGAGAGGACUGCGUCCCAAUACAAUCUACCUGUUUAUGGUGAGAGCUAUCAAUUCACAAGGUCUAAGCGAUCCCAGCCCUAUGUCAGAUCCUGUCCGAACACAAGAUAUCAGUCCACCAGCACAAGGUGUGGAUCAUAGGCAAGUCCAGAAGGAACUGGGAGACGUCAUUGUACGACUGCAUAACCCUGUUGUGCUGACACCCACAACAGUUCAAGUUACCUGGACAGUUGACCGCCAAUCGCAGUUUAUUCAGGGCUACCGAGUAAUGUACCGCCAAACAUCUGGCCUACCGUCUCCAGCUGUAUGGCAGAAUUUGGAGGUCAAAGUCCCAACAGAGCGCAGUGCUGUUCUAGUCAACUUGAAAAAAGGAGUCACUUAUGAAAUUAAAGUUCGCCCGUACUUCAAUGAAUUUCAAGGAAUGGACAGUGAAUCGAAGUCUGCUCGUACCACAGAGGAAGCUCCAAGUGCCCCUCCUCAGUCUGUUACUGUCCUGACAGUUGGAAACCACAACAGCACAAGCAUCAGCAUCUCCUGGGAUCCUCCCCCUCCAGAUCACCAAAAUGGAAUCAUCCAGGAAUAUAAGAUCUGGUGUCUAGGUAAUGAGACUCGAUUUCAUAUCAACAAAACAGUAGAUGCAGCCAUUCGGUCUGUAGUAAUAGGUGGCCUGUAUCCAGGUAUUCAGUACCGUGUAGAAGUUGCUGCAAGCACCAGUGCAGGUGUGGGAGUGAAAAGUGAGCCACAACCGAUAAUAAUUGGAGGCCGUAACGAAGUUGUCAUCACUGAAAAUAACAACAGCAUAACUGAGCAAAUCACUGAUGUUGUCAAACAGCCUGCCUUUAUAGCUGGCAUCGGUGGUGCAUGUUGGGUAAUUCUGAUGGGUUUCAGCAUUUGGCUGUAUUGGCGCAGAAAGAAGAGGAAGGGGCUCAGUAAUUAUGCUGUCACGUUCCAAAGAGGAGAUGGAGGACUAAUGAGCAAUGGAAGUCGACCAGGUUUGUUGAAUGCAAGUGACCCCAGUUAUCCUUGGCUUGCAGACUCUUGGCCUGCCACAAGUCUGCCAGUUAACAACAGCUCUAGUGGACCCAAUGAUCUUGCCAAUUUCAGUCGUGGAGAUGUGUUGCCACCAGUGCCAGGGCAAGGAGAUAAAACCGCUACUAUGCUUUCUGAUGGAGCCAUUUACAGCAGCAUUGACUUCACAACAAAAACUAGUUACAACAGUUCCAGCCAAAUAACGCAAGCUACACCAUAUGCCACCACCCAGAUACUGCAUUCCAACAGCAUCCAUGAGUUGGCAGUCGACUUACCUGAUCCUCAGUGGAAAAGCUCAAUUCAGCAAAAAAAUGACCUGAUGGGAUUUGGCUACUCUCUCCCAGAACAAGGAAAAGGCAACAAUGGUGGCAAAGGAGGGAAAAAGAAGAAAAGUAAAAAUGCUGCCAAGCCUCAGAAAAAUAAUGGUUCAAACUGGGCCAGUGUUCCCCUCCCACCCCCUCCUGUGCAACCGCUCCCAGGCACAGAGCUGGAACACUACGGGGUGGAUCAACAAGAAGCAGGAUAUGACAGUGAUGGUUGGUGUCCACCCUUGCCUGUUCAGACCUACCUCCAUCAGGGCAUGGAGGAUGAGCUUGAAGAAGACGAUGAUCGUGUUCCCACACCUCCUGUGCGAGGAGUAGCUUCAUCGCCUGCGAUCUCCUUUGGGCAACAAUCAACUGCAACCCUCACGCCUUCUCCGCGAGAGGAGAUGCAGCCAAUGCUUCAAGCCCACCUUGAUGAAUUAACCAGGGCCUACCAGUUUGAUAUAGCAAAACAGACAUGGCACAUCCAAAGCAAUACACAACCUCCUCAGGCACCAGUUCCACCCCUCGGAUAUGUAUCUGGAAACCUUAUUUCAGACUUGGAAACAGAUGUUCCAGACGAUGAUGAGGAUGAUAUUGAAGAAGAAACUCUAGAAAUCAAUAGGCCACUGAGAGGUCUAGAGCAUACUCCAGGCUCCAGUAUGGACAAUUUAGACAGCUCUGUGACAGGUUCAAUGGUAAAUGGAUGGGGUUCUGCGUCUGAUGAGGACCGUAACUUUUCUAGUCAUAGAUCUAGUGUAGGUAGCUCCUCAGAUGACUCGAUCUUUACCAGCGGCAGUUUUGCACAAGCUCUGGUUGCAGCAGCAGAUAAAGCUGGUUUUAGGCUGGAUGGAACCAGCCUGACAAGAACAGGCAAAGCAUAUCCUUCCUCUCAGAGACCUCGGCCAAGCAGUCCUUUUUCUACUGACAGCAACACCAGUGCAGCUGUCACUCAGAGUCAGAGGCCGAGGCCCACUAAAAAACACAAGGGAGGCCGGUUGGACCAACCCCCCUUGCCUCAUCGUAGGGAGGGAAUAACAGACGAUCUUCCACCACCACCUGACCCACCGCCUGGUCAGGGUUUAAGGCAGCAAAUAGGCCCGGGCCAGCGCGGAGGCUCGGCAGAGAGGAAAGGAAGCUCUCUUGAGAGGCAGCAUGCACCCAGCGUAGAUGACACAAAGAGCUCCUUGGACCGGCAAGCUAGGACAUCACUAGAGUGGCAGCGGCAAACCCAGGAGUGGAUAAGCUCUGCAGAACGCCAAGAGGAUUUCAGGAAAGCCCAACACAAGCAAGCAUUUGGAUCAGGUGCGUGUGUGCUGCACCAGCCCAGGCCAUGUUUCUUGAAGCUUUUUGGCUGA